AUGAUUAUCAAAUCCAUCGGGUUAAAUGGAAAAGCGCAAUAUGCUUUUUGGGUUGUUAGACUUUCCACAAAUAGUCAUAUUUCUUGCGCGACACAGAUUCCAUCGACAAAACGAUUCAUUUCAACCAGCCCUACCCAGUGUACAUCAUUAAUACCAAGAGCCAGUAGUCUAGUUGCUGCAUCACCGCCGAACCUAAAACCGUAUCUACAAUUAAUGCGAGUCGACAAACCAAUUGGAACUUGGCUCCUAUAUUGGCCGUGUACCUGGAGUAUAGCUAUGGCAACUCCAGCAGGUCAACUGCCUUCUCUUUAUAUGCUGACAUUGUUUGGAACUGGAGCUUUCCUUAUGAGAAGUGCGGGAUGUGUCAUCAAUGAUUUGUGGGAUAAAGAUUUCGAUAAAAAAGUGGAGCGUACAAAACUGAGACCAUUGGCGUGUGGAUCUUUGACAGAAAAACAAGCAGUUGGUCUUCUAGCUGGACUUUUAAGUUCAUCACUUGCUAUUUUAUUGCAAUUGAACUGGUUUAGUGUGGCUGUUGGCGCAUCAUCAAUGGCUUUGGUUGUCGGAUAUCCAUUGGCAAAACGAUACACUUACUGGCCUCAGUUCAUUCUUGGACUCACGUUCAAUUGGGGAGCACUACUCGGAUGGGCUGCUUUGAAAGGUGAUCUUUCUUCUUCUGCACCGUUUUGGAUGUAUGCAGCUGCGCUUCAAUGGACACUUGUCUACGAUACGAUUUAUGCACACCAGGAUAAAGCUGACGACAUCAUGAUUGGUGUUAAAUCUACAGCACUUCGUCUCGGAGAAGACACUAAAAAAUGGCUCUCUGCUUUUGGAGUUGGAACAGUUGCUUCAUUAACAGCAUGUGGAAUGGCAAGCGACCAAACAUGGCCGUAUUACGUGGCACUGGCAGCCACAACUGCUCAACUUGGAUGGCAAGUAGGAACUGUUGAUAUUGAUAACGGAUCUGAUUGUUGGGAUAAAUUCAAAUCGAACUCUUGGAUGGGAAUAAUAUUAUUCUCAGGUAUCGUUGCAUCGACGUUAUUGAAAGAGAAUGAAGAUUCGAAAGAACUGAAAAACAAACUGAAAGUUAGAGAGGAUGAGAUGGACGAUGUUACUGUCAAUUGA